GGCCCGGCGAGCAGGCAGGCAGAGGGGCCGCGCCGUCCGUCCGUCCGUCCGUCCGUCCGCAGCUGCGUCCCCGCCCACCUGUGCCCCUGCGCGCUGCCCCCUGCCAGGUGCGACCUCGCCGCCGCUCGUCGGGGGCCCUGGGCAGCCCUGUAGCCGCCAGGCACCUGCUGCAGAGCCUCUACUCCACAGCAGCGACAGCCGUGCGCCGGUGACAGCGAACAGCAACCUGUCUACUUGGGAGAACUCCCUUUUCUGAGAAGGAAAGAUGUCGAAUGAAUCUUCUGCGGACAAGCAUUUCAAAUAUCUCAUCUCGUGCUUCCGGGCCAGAGUGAAGAUGUACAUCCAGGUGGAGCCCGUACUGGACUACCUGACCUUUCUGCCUGCAGAGGUGAAGGAGCAGAUUCAGAGCACGGCCACCACCACGGGGAACAUUCGCGCCGUGGAACUGCUCCUGAGCACCUUGGAGCGGGGGGUCUGGCCCCCUGGCUGGGCUAGGCUGUUCGUGGAGGCCCUCCAGCGGGCAGGCAACCCCUUAGCCGCGCGCUACAUGAACCCUGACCUCACAGACCUGCCGUCUCCAUCCUUUGAGAACAAUCAUGAUGAGUGUCUCCAACUGCUGAACCUCCUUCAGCCCACUCUGGUGGACAAGCUUCUGGUGAGAGAUGUCUUGGAUAAAUGUCUGGAGGUGGAACUGUUGACAGUCGAAGACAGAAAUCGGAUUGCUGCUGCAGAAAAUAAUGGCAAUGAGGCAGGUGUGAGAGAGCUGCUGAGAAGGAUUGUGCAGAAAGAGAACUGGUUUUCUGCGUUUCUGACUGUUCUGAGGCAAACGGAAAACGAAGCCCUUGCCCAGGACUUGACAGGCUCCGCCUCCGACAGCAGCACAGAAAAUGAGAAUUCAUCACAAGAAGAUGGUCCUGAAGAGCUACUUCUUUUAGCCACAGAUCAGCCAAGCCCAGAGAAAGACGGCUGGGACACGGAAAAUAACUCAGUGGAAUCAUCUUUUAUGGAUUCUUCUGUAGUUUCAGAAUCAGACACAAGUUUGGCAGAAGGAAGUGUCAACUGCUUAGAUGAGAGUCUUGGACAUAACAGCAACAUGGGCAGUGAUUCAGGCUCCAUGGGAAGUGAUUCAGAUGAAGAGAAAGCGGCCGAAAGAGUAUUCCCUGAGCCAGAACUGAAUCUCAGACCGUACCAAAUGGAAGUUGCCCAACCAGCCUUGGAAGGAAAGAAUGUCAUUAUAUGCCUCCCUACAGGGAGUGGGAAAACCAGAGUGGCUGUGUACAUUGCCAAGGAUCACUUGGACAAGAAGAAAAAGGCAUCCGAACUAGGAAAAGUCAUGGUCCUAGUCAAUAAGGUACCAUUAGUUGAACAGCUCUUCCGCAAAGAGUUUCAACCAUUUUUGAAGAAAUGGUAUAACAUUACAAGAUUAAGUGGUGAUACCCAAUUGAAAAUAUCAUUUCCUAAAUUUGUCAAAUCCUAUGAUGUUAUUAUCAGCACAGCUCAAAUCCUUGAAAACUCCCUUUUAAACUCAGAAAAAGGAGAAGACGAUGGUGUCCAGUUGUCAGACUUUUCCCUCAUCAUCAUUGAUGAAUGUCAUCACACCAACAAAGAGGCUGUCUAUAAUAACAUCAUGAGGCGUUAUUUGAAACAGAAGUUGAAAAAUGAUAAGCUCAAGAAAGAAAACAAGCCAGUGAUUCCCCUUCCUCAGAUCCUGGGACUAACAGCCUCACCGGGUGUUGGAGGAGCCACCAAGCAAGCCAAAGCUGAAGAACACAUUUUAAAAAUAUGUGCCAAUCUUGAUGCGUUUACUAUUAAAACCGUGAAAGAAAACAUCGGUCAACUUAAAGAUCAAAUAAAGGAGCCAUGCAAAAAGUUUGUAAUUGCAGAUGACACCAGAGAAGAUCCAUUUAAAGACAGACUUCUGGAAAUAAUGACAACGAUUCAAACUUUUUGCCAAAUGAGUCCAAUGUCAGAUUUUGGAACUCAACCCUAUGAACAAUGGGCUAUUCAAAUGGAAAAAAAAGCUGCAAGAGAAGGGAAUCGCAAAGACCGUCUUUGUGCAGAACAUUUGAGGAAGUACAAUGAGGCCCUGCAAAUUAAUGACACAAUCCGAAUGAUUGAUGCAUAUAAUCACCUUGAAACUUUCUAUAAUGAUGAGAAAGAAAAGAAGAUGGCCGUCUUAGAAGAUGAUAGUGACAAUGAUGAUGGUUGUGAUGAAGAUGAGAAGGAUGAAAAGAAACCGUUGAAACUGAAUGACACAGAUACAUUUCUCAUGUCUUUAUUUUUUGAUAACAAGAAUAUGUUGAAGAAACUGGCUGAAAACCCAGAAUAUGAAAAUGAAAAGCUGACCAAAUUAAGAAAUACCAUAAUGGAACAAUAUACAAGGACUGCAGGAACAGCAAGAGGAAUAAUUUUCACAAAAACACGACAGAGUGCAUAUGCCCUUUCCCAGUGGAUUACUGAAAACGACAAAUUUGCAGAAGUAGGAGUCAAAGCCCAUCAUCUGAUUGGAGCUGGGCAUAGCAGUGAGUUCAAGCCUAUGACACAGAAUGAGCAAAAAGAAGUCAUUAGUAAAUUUCGCACAGGAAAAAUAAAUCUGCUGAUCGCUACCACAGUGGCAGAGGAAGGUCUGGAUAUUAAAGAAUGCAACAUCGUUAUUCGUUACGGUCUCGUCACUAAUGAAAUAGCCAUGGUCCAGGCCCGCGGUCGAGCCAGAGCCGACGAGAGCACCUACGUCCUGGUUGCCCACAGCGGCUCAGGAGUUGUUGAACGUGAGACAGUUAAUGACUUCCGAGAGCAAAUGAUGUAUAAAGCGAUAGACAGUGUUCAGAAUAUGAAACCAGCGGAGUACGCUCAUAAGAUUUUGGAAUUACAGAUGCAGAGUAUAAUGGAAAAGAAAAUGAAAAUCAAGAGAAGUAUCGCAAAGCAAUACAAGGAAAACCCAUCAUUAAUAAGUUUCCUCUGCAAAAACUGCAGUGUGCUUGCCUGCACUGGAGACUACAUCCACGUAAUUGAGAAAAUGCACCAUGUCAAUAUGACACCAGAAUUCAAGAAACUCUACCUUGUGCGAGAAAACAAAGCCCUGCAAAAGAAGUUUGCUGACUAUCAAACAAAUGGCGAGAUUAUCUGCAAAACAUGUGGCCAGGCAUGGGGAACGAUGAUGGUGCACAAAGGCUUAGAUUUGCCUUGUCUCAAAAUAAAGAAUUUUGUAGUGUUUUUCAAAAGUAACGCAACAAAGAAACAAUACAAACAAUGGGUAGAAUUACCUAUCACAUUUCCUGCUCUUGACUAUUCAGAAUAUUGUUUGUUUAGUGAUGAAGACUGACAUUUGGUUCAAGAUCUUUUUAAAAUAUUGUCAACUUAAUGCAAUAUUAUUUUGCUUUAUGUUUUAUUAUACUAAAGAACUGAUAUGGGAAUUAAUAAAAUAAUUGUUUUACUCUUAAAUGAGCUGUAUAGAGGAAAAUAUUAUAUCGUACUUCCAAUUAUUCAUCUUGUUUAUGGUCAGGGGUAAAGAAAUUCUAUCAAUGAUACUCACUAGUGAGGAGCAGUAGUGUGGGAUACUGUGGGAAAAUGCCAGAGUAUAAAUGAGGGUCUAAGGUCCCAAUUUCAGUCUUGUCACUGAUAAAAUUAAGCAAACCAGU